CAUUUCUCCCCUCUCCCUCACAAGCCACAGGCCCAGUCUACAGCCUAUUUUGCUUCUUUCACUCAUUCUUUUUCUUUCGUGUUGGCCGUCACAAUGCAAACCCUUCACCGCCUCAUUUCCGCCGCCAGACGAACUGCCUCCGCCUCCGACCUCCUCAUCAACCACGAAACCCGUCGCAUUCGUUCCCUCCCUUCCAGAACCUUAACAUCUGGGGGCAACCCCUUCGACGAAGAUGACCUAGGCUGGGACUCCCCCUCCUCCACCACCACUUGGUCCACCGGCAUCACCAAGGACCACUUCAACGGCGAAUCCACCGUCCCUCCCACCACGUCCGUUCCCUCACUCUCCGAUGAACAAUCAAAAACCCUCUCCGAUAUGCAGGAAAUCGAUGACUUUGAUAGGGAGCUGGAUUCUGAGAACAGGAAGAGCAAGAUUUUCUUGGAUGGGUGGAAGGACAGGAUGAUGGAGACUGCCGCUCUCCUUAAGCAGGUCCAGGAGCCUGGCGCCAGGGGAUCCUACCUCAAAGAUUCCGAGAAGGCUGAAAUGUACCGCUUGCAUAAGCAGAAUCCUGAGGUUUACACUGUAGAGAAGCUUGCUAAAGAUUACAGGGUUAUGAGGCAGAGGGUCCAUGCUAUCCUUUGGCUCAAGGAGCUUGAGGAGGAGGAGGAGAAGAAGCUUGGCAGGCCCCUUGAUGACUCUGUUGAGCAACUGCUCGAUUCCUUUCCCGAGUUCUUUAAUUCCCAUGAUAGGGAGUUCCAUGUUGCAUCCCUUCCUUACAAACCUGACUUCAAGGUCAUGCCUGAGGGAUGGGAUGGCAUUACGAAGGAUUUGGAUGAAGUUCAUUAUGAAAUCUCCAAAAAGGAAGAUGAAAUGCUCUAUCGAGAAUUUGUUGAGAAGAUGAACUUCAACAAAAAGAAAAUGGCUGGAGAGGUGAGGUGCCACAGGUAUAGUCGAAGACGCCCUUCAGAUGGAUGGACUUUUACUGUAGAGAAAAUGGGACCCCGCGGGAAGCGUGGAGGUGGUGGUGGCUGGAAAUUUGCUAGCAUGCCUGAUGGCUCAACUCGGCCACUGAACGAGAUGGAGAAGAUGUAUGUGAAGCGAGAGACUCCACGCAGACGAAAGAGGAUCCUUCCUUGAUUAUUUGAUCCUUAUGUUUUGAACGACUAGCUGUUAAACCUAGAAAUUUGUAAUUUGUAGUCCUAUGCAUCCAAUGGCAUGGGACAUAGGGGAUGUAUUGUUAGUUGUUGCCAAUUCUCUCUUUACAUGUGAGUUAUUAUCAUUUUUUAAUAAGCUGAUUCAAGGGCUUCCUUUUCUUCCUCGCA